GGCUCACCCCAGCGCCUCUGCCUUCAGCCAGUAGUAAACGUGGUCGCAGGCUCUUCCGCCGGGACGUCGGGUCAAGGGUCGGGCAAGAUGGCGGCGCCCAGGAGCGCGGAGGCGUGAAACAGGAUGGCGCUGGCGGCGCUGGCGGCGCGGGCUCGGCUGGAGCGCCAGCUGAGCGGGCCGGGGCCCGGGCGAGGGCACUGGACGGCGGCUGGGCGAUCGCGGAGCCGGCGCGAGGCGGCAGAGACCGAGGCGGACGCGUCCGUGUUCCAGUAUGUGGGCGAGCGCGCGACUCGCGUCGACCGCAUCUUCGUGUGGGGCUUCAGCUUCUCCGGGGCGCUGGGCGUGCCCACCUUCGUGCUGCCCGCCUCGGGGCCCCAGUCCCGCGCCGGCUCGCGGCCGCGCCGCAGGAUCCAGCCUGUGCCCUACCGCCUGGAGUUGGAUCAAAAGAUUUCAUCAGCUGCUUGUGGCUAUGGGUUCACAUUGCUGUCCUCUAAAACCAAGGAUGUUACAAAAGUCUGGGGUAUGGGACUCAACAAAGAUUCUCAGCUUGGAUUUCACAGGAGCCGGAAAGAUAAAAUGAGGGGAUACGAGUAUGUGUUGGAGCCCUCGCCGGUUCCACUGCCUCUGGACAGACCUCAGGAGACACGGGUGCUACAGGUCUCUUGCGGCAGAGCCCACUCUCUUGUUCUCACAGAUGGCGAAGGAGUCUUCAGCAUGGGAAACAAUUCUUAUGGGCAAUGUGGAAGAAAAGUGGUCGAAAAUGAAAUUUACAGUGAAAGUCACAAAGUCCAUAGAAUGCAGGACUUCGAUGGACAGGUAGUCCAGGUCGCCUGUGGUCAGGACCAUAGUCUGUUCCUAACGGAUAAAGGAGAAGUCUAUUCUUGUGGAUGGGGUGCGGACGGGCAAACAGGUCUGGGUCACUACAAUAUCACCAGCACGCCUACCAAACUGGGUGGAGACCUUGCGGGAGUGAACAUUGUCCAGACUGCCACCUACGGUGAUUGUUGCCUGGCUGUGUCUGCUGAUGGAGACCUCUUCGGUUGGGGCAACUCAGAGUACCUGCAGCUGGCCUCUGUCACGGACUCCACACAGGUGAACGUCCCCCGGUGCUUACCCUUCUCGGGAGUGGGCAAGGUGAAGCAGGCUGCCUGCGGUGGCACAGGCUGUGCUGUGUUAAAUGGAGAAGGACAUGUUUUUGUCUGGGGCUAUGGAAUUCUUGGGAAAGGACCAAACCUACUGGAAACUGCUCUUCCAGAAAUGAUUCCACCCACUCUCUUUGGCUUGAUGGAGUUCAACCCAGAAGUCCAGGUUUCCCGCAUUCGAUGUGGACUCAGCCACUUUGCUGCCCUUACCAACAAAGGAGAGCUGUUUGUAUGGGGCAAGAACAUCCGAGGGUGCCUGGGAAUUGGCCGCCUGGAAGACCAGUAUUUCCCGUGGAGGGUGACGAUGCCUGGGGAGCCCCUGGAUGUGGCGUGUGGUGUGGAUCACAUGGUGACUCUGGCCAAGUCAUUCAUCUGAUUCUCCAGCCUGACCCGCUUAGCCCAGCCCUGGCCUCAGAACCACUUGGACAGCUUAGCAGAGGCAGCCAGUGGGUUCUGAUGGGGCUCAGAGAGGACCAGGGCCCUUCGUGAAGUGUGACACCCUCCUAAAGCCCUUAGGAGGUACACACUGAAGUCCUGGGACAUGGUCCCUGCUCCUGAUGAGACCUGCCGAAUUCAGCACAUAACAGCUGCUUUUACCAGGCUGAGCUGCAGGAAGCUGUGUGGCCCUGGCAGGGUGAGGAUAAUUAGGAUGUCUCAGCUCUUUCCAGGAAACACUGACGGCUUCUGGUGUCACAUCUGGCCCAAGAAACUGGUCUUAGGAAAUCUUCGCUCUCACAGCAUGCAUUUUGUUUGAUCUUGAAAGGAGGCCCUGCAGAACGAAGUGCUCAGGGGGGCUUUUACAGCCCCUUGGAGCACAGCAGAGCUGUUGAUAGGCAUUUGGGUGAGCCCACUGGACUGAGGGACCGGGCCUGGGGUGGUCAUUCGGGUCCCUCUCCCACCCAGCCAUUUCCCGUCAGCUGUCCACAGCCAGCUUGCUGCUGGGACACGUGCCGAGAUGCUUUGCUUGUACUUCUCCCUGGAAAUACCGGUGGGCGCCAGCUCGUCCCCCACGGGCUCUCGGCUGUCACCAGCCGUGGAACCAUUCUCAUUGCCCGACUUGGGAAGUGGAGAAGUCCCCACAGGAAGCAGGUCGGGGCCAGAUUCUUGUGGGCCCAGGGCUCCAAACAUCCCGCAAAAGCUUGGCUGGAGUGCCAGCCUCGGGGAGGAAAGAUCCAGAAAUUGUGAAAAACAUUUGUUAGUAAUGUUAACUCGUCUUAUUCUUGACAAGAAAUACUUUAAAAACCUCUUUUGGAGUAAAGUCUAUUUUCUGUCAUUUUCUUUUUAAGAACUUAGGAGGCCUUUUUCUUUUACCUGAUCAUUUAUAUAGAUUAACUUUCAAAAACUAACUUUCAAAAAAUUAACUUUAUCAAAAGCCUACUACAAGCCAGUGAAAAAGCCGGUAGAAGACAGUGCUACUUGGAAACUCUUCUGAACAGUACUCCCACAGUUCAAUGGGAAGAAAAUCAUGAAGUAUAAAAGUAGCUGGUGAUACGUCACAAACGGCUCAGUCGCCAGCGGCCUGCGCCCCCUCCUUUCCCUCAUUCGACAAGUGCUCACGGCCCCGAUGUGCAGGGCUGCACCCACUGGUCACGUGGCAGCAGAACUUCUUGUGCGUCUCACGAGACUCACAUUUUAGGGGGCGAUGUGGACAAUAAACAAGCAAAGUGCAGAGUGUGUUCGAUAGUUGUGUGGGCCAUGGAAAAAUAGAGCAGAAGGAGAUGGGUGAUGUGACGAGGUCACCGGGCAGGUUGCUGUGACCUGAGGCAGCAAGGACCAGCCACAUGGUGUCUGGGGGUGCGGCCCCAGGCCCCCUUAUCUGGGCUCAUGGUCCACUGUUUGUGGUGGACCAGUUCCUGUGUUACUACAACAACGCUUUUCUAUAAACUUGAAACAAAAUG